AUGCUCCUUCCAGAAAUGAGAUUCCUGAUUCUGUGUGUUCUGCUCGGUUACGCAGCUGCUGUUGACUGGUUUGGCAGAGAUCAGUCAUCUGCGGUGCCUACAAAAGAGUUAUCGCGAAAAAGUGCCAACAAAAGAGUUAUUGCGAAAAAGACUCAAAAUUAUUCUUUUCCUCUUCAGCCCUGCCAGCGAAAGUUCUCCAUCUUGAUUCCGGAUAGCUACGUUAGCCACGGCAAAACGCCAAAGAGAGUAUACGACGCUGGAACCAUUCAACUAGCUGGUUCGUUCCCCGGUGAAAGCAGAGAUUGCAUCAACUAA